AUGCCCACCCCCCUUAAAAUCCCCUCCUUCACACCCCUCUCCCCCUGCACAUUUAUCUAUAUCCCCCCAUCCACCGCCAAACCCACUCCUCAAACAAUAACCGCCCCUCCGCCCCUCAUCCUCCUCUGCACAUACCUCAACGCCUCCACCGCGCACAUUAACAAAUACACCUCCUUUUACAAACGCCUCUUUCCAACUUCUCGCAUUCUCCUUGUCACGACGUCCUCUGAGCAUUUCCUCUUCCGGUCGUCCAAGUCCUGGACGACGGACCUAGAUCCCGCCGUCACAGCCCUCCUCGCUCUAUCUGGCCAGGGACAAGGACAGGAUCAACGAGUCGGGACUGAGAAAGAGGGCCAGAAGAUCCUACUGCAUGUGAUCUCGACAGGCGGUGCCACGGCAGCGAUGAAGAUCGCAGAGGCGUAUAAGGCGAGAUCUGGGACGCGCUUACCUAUCGCGAAGAUGGUCCUGGAUAGUUGUCCUGGAGUGCAGGGGUGGGGGAGCACGGUGGGUGCGUUUUCGGUUGGAUUGGCUACUUCUAGGGACGGUGGUCUUGGAGGCUGGGACUGGGUCUUGGGGAGAGUGAAAGCUCUGGUUAUGGGUGUAGCAUUGAGGGUGUUCUUCGGUGUAUGGUUUCUCAUUGAGCUCGUGAUGAGUAUCGAGAAUGUGGUGGGAGUGGUGAGGAGAAGAUUGAAUGAUAAGACCCUGUUCAGAGACGACGCGACCAGGUUGUAUAUCUACGGUGGGAGAGACGAAUUGGUACGUGCGCAGGAUGUGGAAGGGCAUGCGGACGAGGCGGAGAAGAGCGGAUAUGAGGUGCUCAGAGUGCGGUAUGGGGAUAGUGGUCAUGCGGGACAUUUGCUGCAGGAUGAGGGCAGAUUUCGGGCGAGUGUGCUGCAUUUGUGGGAUUCGGGGGUUCUGUCGGGACCGGGAAUGAUUGUAUGUGCUUGGUAA